AGGAGCAGCUGGCUCCGCGCGGCCAGGACUGUCUGAGAAGUGCGCUAGCGCUGGCGAUGGGUCCAGGGGCGCGGCUGGCGGCGCUGCUGGCAGUGCUGGCGCUCGGGACAGGAGACCCAGAAAGGGCUGCGGCGCGGGGCGACACGUUCUCUGCACUGACCAGCGUGUCGCGCGCCCUGGGGCCCGAACGCCGGCUGCUGGGGCUGCUGAGGCGGUACCUGCGCGGGGAGGAGGCGCGGCUGCGGGACCUGACUAGAUUCUAUGACAAGGUACUUUCUUUGCAUGAGGAUUCAACAACCCCUGUGGCUAACCCUCUGCUUGCAUUUACUCUCAUCAAACGCCUACAGUCUGACUGGAGGAAUGUGGUACAUAGUCUGGAGGCCAGUGAGAACAUCCGAGCUCUGAAGGAUGGCUAUGAGAAGGUGGAGCAAGACCUUCCAGCCUUUGAGGACCUUGAGGGAGCAGCAAGGGCCCUGAUGCGGCUGCAGGAUGUGUACAUGCUCAAUGUGAAAGGCCUGGCCCGAGGUGUCUUUCAGAGAGUCACUGGCUCUGCCAUCACUGACCUGUACAGCCCCAAACGGCUCUUUUCUCUCACAGGGGAUGACUGCUUCCAAGUCGGCAAGGUGGCCUAUGACAUGGGGGAUUAUUACCAUGCCAUUCCAUGGCUGGAGGAGGCUGUCAGUCUCUUCCGAGGAUCUUAUGGAGAGUGGAAGACAGAGGAUGAGGCAAGUCUAGAAGAUGCCUUGGAUCACUUGGCCUUUGCCUAUUUCCAGGCAGGAAAUGUUUCAUGUGCCCUCAGCCUCUCUCGGGAGUUUCUUCUCUACAGCCCAGAUAAUAAGAGGAUGGCCAGGAAUGUCUUGAAAUAUGAAAGGCUCUUGGCAGAGAGCCCCAACCAGGUGGUAGCUGAGGCUGUCAUCCAGAGGCCCAAUAUACCCCACCUGCAGACCAGAGACACCUACGAGGGGCUAUGUCAGACCCUGGGUUCCCAGCCCACUCUCUACCAGAUCCCUAGCCUCUACUGUUCCUAUGAGACCAAUUCCAAUGCCUACCUGCUGCUCCAGCCCAUCCGGAAGGAGGUCAUCCACCUGGAGCCCUACAUUGCUCUCUACCAUGACUUUGUCAGUGACUCAGAGGCUCAGAAAAUUAGAGAAUUUGCAGAACCAUGGCUACAGAGAUCAGUGGUGGCAUCAGGGGAGAAGCAGUUACAAGUGGAGUACCGCAUCAGCAAAAGUGCCUGGCUGAAGGACACCGUUGACCCAAUGCUGGUGACCCUUAACCACCGCAUUGCUGCCCUCACAGGCCUUGAUGUCCGGCCUCCGUAUGCAGAGUAUCUGCAGGUGGUGAACUAUGGCAUCGGAGGGCACUAUGAGCCUCACUUUGACCACGCUACGUCACCAAGCAGCCCCCUCUACAGAAUGAAGUCUGGAAACCGAGUUGCAACAUUUAUGAUCUAUCUGAGCUCGGUGGAAGCUGGAGGAGCCACAGCCUUCAUCUAUGCCAACCUCAGCGUGCCUGUGGUUAAGAAUGCAGCACUGUUUUGGUGGAACCUGCAUAGGAGUGGUGAAGGGGACAGUGACACACUUCAUGCGGGCUGUCCUGUCCUGGUGGGAGAUAAGUGGGUGGCCAACAAGUGGAUACAUGAGUAUGGACAGGAAUUCCGCAGACCCUGCAGCUCCAGCCCUGAAGACUGAACUGUUGUCAGAGAGAAGCUGGUGGAGUCCUGUGGCUUUCCAGAGAAGCCAGGAGCCAAAAGCUGGGGUAGGAGAGGAGAAAGCAGAGCAGCCUCCUGGAGGAAGGCCUUGUCAGCUUUGCCUGUGCCUUGCAAAUCAGAGGCAAGGGAGAGGUCGUUACCAGGGGACACAGAAUGUACGUUUGAUCUGCUCCAGCCAUGGGAGUCAGAGUAGGAUGCAUAGUACAAAGGAGGGGGGAGUGGAGGCCUGAAAGGCAAGUUUCUGGAGCUCAGAUACUCUCUGUUGGGAACAGGACAUCUCGACAGUCUCAGGUUCGAUCAGUGGGUCUUUUGGCACUUUGAACCUUAACCACAGGGACCAAGAAGUGGUAAUGAGGACACCUGCAGGAGGGGCUAGCCUGACUCCCAGAACUUUAAGCCCUUCUCCCUACUGUCUUCUGUUGCAGCCCAAGUAGGGAGUGUCCCCCUCCCAGAAGCAUAUCCCAGACAAGUGGUACAUUAUAUAAGGACUUUUUUAAAGUUGAAAGCAACUUUCUUUUCUUUUUAUAUGAUGGCUUUUUAAUACAGUCAUUAAAAAUGUUUACAAAUCAUUUUCCCAACUGCGAAUAUUCUUACAUUAUAAUGCUGAGUGGAAAAAAAGGCACAGUACAGUUGGCCCUCCACAUCCAUGUGUUCCCCAUCUAUGGAUUGCACCUCAGAUUGAAAAUAUUGGAAAAAAAAAAACCAUGGAUGAUAACAGACUUUAUUCUGUACAUGCUCAGUACAGAAAAAAUAGAUUGUAUUGUAUUCCCUAAACAACACAGUAUAACAUCUUCUUACACAGCUUUUAAAUUGUGUUAGGUAUUAUAAGUAAUCUAGAGGUGACAAAGUAUAUGGGAGGAUGUGUGCAGGUUGCAGGUUAUAUGCAAAUACUACACCAUUUUAUACAAGAGACUUGAACAUCUGUAGAUUUUGGUGUCCUCUUGAAGUCCUGGAACCAACUCCCCAUGGAUGCUGAGGAAUGACUGUACAGCAUUUUAUUUAUGCUGUAAUCUCAGUGCAGCUCACCUCCCACCACUGUCCCACUGUACAUUCCAGAUACCGGAAUUCUUUCUUGUCCCCAUCACCACCAUGUCCAUCACCACCACCUUCACUCCCACUUCUCAGCCCUUGACAUUUGCCAUCCCCUCAGUCUUUCCACCGCUGAGCUCUUUUCGUCAUUCCACUCAAUGCAGUGGCUCAAUAUUACCUCACAGAGCUUCCAUGACCAUGCCACCACCCAGCCACUUUCUUUCAUAUGAACUGACUUUGUUUUCUUCAUAACACUUCUCAGGAUUGAAAUGACUUUGUUCAUUUGUUUAACUUUGGUCAGUUGCCUUCCUUGCAGUGAAAGUGCUUUGUGGCUGUGCUGUACUUUGUAAAUGCCUCUAUUCCAGCCCUCAGGUCACCGAAUUUCAAUGUUUAUGUAUUUGCCAGGCUGCCCCCUCUAGGCUCUGUGCUCCUCAUUCCUCUCGGUAGCCCCAGAAGAAGGUCUGGUUCAGCGUAAGGAGGCGUUCAGCAGUUCUGAAAGGCAUCCUCUGAGCUGUGCUCUGGAGGACAUAGACUUUUUGUAAGUGGAGUGUGAUGAGAAGUGUUUCCCAGCAAAAGGCCUAGCAGGGGCUAAGGCUGCAUGGAUGGGUGAUUGUGAUAUUUGGGCACUUGUGCCAAGAGAACAUUUCAGGCCACUUGGCUCAGGAUCCUUCACAGGGCUGUGGGCAUGUAUUGCUCACAAGGAAGCCACACAGUGUAAGGACUGGGUGGUUGGAUGCUCGCCGUCUCUGCCCCUUCCCCGCAAGCCCGUAGGACCUCAGCUUCCCAGAGCUCUGUGGCCCCGAGGGAAAGGCUCUGAUGUUCUAACACCCAGCUUCCUCAGAGUCUGAAGUGCAUCUUGUCACAUUCCCAGGAUUUCUGCAGAGCACACCAGGAUUCUGGAAAUCCUCUUACUAAGUUACUAUCACUACUCACAAGCUGCCUCCUCCAGUUCCAAGAGGAACAGGCCUGAGACGAGACAGAAAGCGACUGUCUGCAGGGGAGGCUGCUCCCUUUUCAUCACAGAACCUGGACUUCUCAGAAUUACAGGAUGGGUCUGAGCUAAUCAGAGUAUUGGCACUGUUCUAAGAGCUUCAUGCGUUAAAUAUUUAAUGCUCAUUCCAACCCUAUGAGGUCAAUACAGUUAUCCCCAUUGUACAGAUAAGGAGGCAGAUUUAUAGAGUUAAGUCACUUGUUGAGAGUACCACAGACUGGCCCCAAAUCUUGCGCUUUUAAUAAUGUCUGAGAUGGGGCAGUUAUCAAACAUCUUGACCAGGAGACUGAGACUCAGAAAAGUCUGGCUGCAAAUUAAUAACUGCUUAAUGAGUAAUCCUCAGGGGCAGGCCCUGGGCUCAGCGGGUGCUGUGGGGAUACAGAGGAUGUAGCCCUGGAAGCUGGGCCGGUAGGGGGAUAAGACAAAAUGCAUCCUGAGUUCAGUGUUGUCGAAGCACAAUGUGACAAUGUUGCAUGCAGAAAGAGAUGAAUGACCACUGAAUGCUGCCAUCAAGAGGGAGGGGAGCCUUGUGAUUUGGGGUAGUUGAGAAAGCCUCAUUUGUUUAUUCGAGUCACACUGACAAGGUGCCUACUCAGUGUCAGGCCCUUGCUGGCACUAGGGAGGGAAAGGAGAAUUACAUGCUGACCCUGCCCCUAGAAAUGGAGCAGACCCUCAAAUCAUCACAAGACAUGUGGCCACGAGUGGAGACAUGAACAGGCUGCAUUAAGAGGCUCCCCUCACCCCUGGAAGUUUCAUGGGAAGGAGGGACUUGAGCAAGUCUUGAAGAUGAGCAGAGUCCCUAGAGGCUGAGGAGAGACCAGGCUGGGUGUAUACUAGGGGGCAUGCUGUAGGGACAGUGACACUUUACUUUUGGCCAGCAUGUUCAUUGUCAAAACACUUUACCACUCCACUUGAACUUCACCUCCCCAGGGAGGAGAGAAUAGCAGGUACUGUGGAAAGUGAGGUGGGAAUGGUUAGUGGCUUCCUGGGGCUUCCUGGUAGAGCUGGGGCUGGUCUGUCUCCCUUACCAGUGUUCUUUCCACCAGACGGCUUUCAAAACCACGUUGCUCCUAGAGUGGAAAGGCCUAAUUCUUAUAUUUGCACUAAUUGUUAUAUUUGCCUAAUUCUAUAUUUGCACUAGUCUCCAUGCCCUCUGAAUCUGACCAGUCCUGAUAAAGUGGCAUGGCCUUGGGUCCCACUUAGUAGAUAGAUAGACAGCUAAUUCUAAGCAGGGUCAACUGUGGCUUGGGGCACUGAUAUUUUUAUAAUUUUAUUUCUUUCUUUCUCAGACUCCAAGUUCAAGUGAUCCUCCCGCCUCAGCCUCCAAAGUGCUAGAAUUACAGGCAUGAGCCACUGCACCCAGCCUGUUUCUUUCUUUCUUGCACUGUUCUGUGAGCUGUUUUCCAAUAGCCUUGUCCAACCUGGGUUUCUGGCACUGCACUAUAUAUCACUUGCAAGCCUGAUUCCAGAUAAUAUUCUUUACAUUAAAGUCUAUUAUCAUUAUCAUUAGUAACCAUAUCAUUUAUGAUAGGCCAGGCACUGUGCUGAGAACUUAGGUGUAUUUGUCUCCUUUAAGCCUCAAAAUGAGAUGAGUACUAUUAUGCCCAUUUUAUAGAUGAGGGAAACUGAGGCAGAGAAAGUAUAACUUGCCUGAAGUCAUCCAAGUAUAAAAUAGCAGAGGCAGGAUUCAAAUCCAUGUCAGUCUGUCACCAAAGACCUUAACUAGCCCUCCGUUGUCUGUAUUCCAUGUUAUUUUGCUGUCACUUCUGUGCUUCCAUUGACAAUAAUCUUUUGGAGCCAAUAAUUUUACAGCAGGGGGACCUCCAACAUUUUCCCAGGUAUUGAAAAGGUCUAUCGCUUGUGCCACUGAUGCCUAAUAGUUAAGAACUCUUGUCAGAUGUAGAUAUCUGUUGAAUAUAGGAAUGAAUCAGUUCUGCAAAUGUAUGGUGAACACUUGUUGAGUGACCUGCCCAUGCUAGCUGCUUCAUGAGAAUCCAAGAAAAGAAGACAGCCUGCUCACUGCCCUUAAGGCAGAGCUGGUCCAUGCCCAGAUGUAAGCGAGAAUUGGAUAGAAUCAAGUGGGAAGCUGUGUGCUGCUCAUCCUAAGGAUUGUGGGAGCUUGGAGCGAGAGCAGGACCCUGUGGCCAGAAUAUGCUGAGGGUGUCCACGUUAGAGCCCCAGAAACACAUGGAAAGAGGAAGAAUGUGUGCCUGUGCAAUGCAAGGUGCAGCGGCCAUCCUGCUUGUCCCUCUUUCAGACACAACAGGGGAGUAGAGAGAGCUGUCUGGGAGGAGAAAGCAAGAGGGUGUUGAUUCCGGGGACUCUUGUCCAGUAACGCCAACGGCAGCACAAACUGCCUUCUCAUAGAACCACUGAAAGAGUCUCUUGUUGGGGGCCUUGGCUGCUCAAGCUGGGAGAAGCAAAGGAGCCUGUGUGUAGGGGCUGGGGUUGGGAGAGAGGGACAUUGACCUGCAGAUUGCUGUGUACUCAGUAGAACUAUGAAAUCGGCUAAGGGCUAGGGGGAGGAAACAAACAUUUGUGCCUACUCUUUGCUGUGGAUCACUCUCCUGUAUCAUAGUCACAACAAUUAUCAUCCCUUUUGGCAAAGGAGGAAAGUGGGGUUUAAAGAAAAGACAUCACUGAGUUCACACAGCCAGGGGCAGAACCAGGAUCUGGAGCUUGGUGGGGAAGUCUCCCACUUCUCCUAGCUGCUUCUAACCUCUUUCUGGACUUUUUCUCUCUUCCCCGCUGUGGACCCCCACAAUUUUCUACCCCUUCGGAAUCAGAGCCUGCCUCUUUCCCUUCUUCCUCUCUGCCACAUCCCUCUUUAUAUUCACUUCAUUGGUCACAGGACCCCUCCCAUGAAGGGCUUGAUCUGCCCAUUCUCCCUAAGGUUUGAGUGACAGAGUUUCCCUGUCCUUGACAGGGGCAUAUUUGCGUUAGAAAUGGGUAGCCUGGUGAAAUCAAAGAUUAGCUCAAAGGAAUAAGGUGCUAGGAGUGAAUUCUAGGCACCAGGAUGCCUGCAUGGUGACAGUGUUUUUGGUUCAGGGUUCAAGGGCAUCGCUCAGAUGGAGCCCCAUAGAUAAUGACAUCCCUACCACCUUUAAAGUCCACCACAUUUUCAGAUGGAGCAUAACUCUAAAAUAAUGACCACCAUGUCUCCUGUUCACCUGCUUAUCAUCUUAUGGGGCUGGAGGGCAGUAGUUAGUUCCCCUGCCCUAGAAAAGUAAAGCAACUUGCCCAUAAUUCCACUGUGUGUCAGUGUCAGCUCAAGACUAGAAGCAAGGUUUCCUGGCUCAGAGACACACGCUUUUUCCAAUGCGCCACAGGUGCUUCUUGGAACAGGUGCACAGUGGACAAAUGAGCACAGACUGCAUGUGUGGCCUGUCAUUUAUUCAUUCAGCUAAGCAUUCCUGAUGUUGCCUCUGGGCCAGGACCUUUGCUGGGGCUGAGGAUGCUGGGAUGACUGAUUGAGUCUCUGACCUUGAAGAGCUCCCAGAAAAGAGAACCCACAAUGACUAUACUAGUGAAAUACUAGUGAAAAUACUGACAUAUGUGAAAAUAUGGUGAAAAUAGUUACAAUCCCAGUGAAAUACUAGUGAAAGAGGAACGUAUAAAAUGUUAUUGAUAACGGCAGGAAGCAGACAAAUGCCUAGGCAGAUAGGAUGGGGUCCCCAGUGAAAUCCUACCUUCAAGACAAAGACAGUUUAAAGUCCAGCUACAAGUCCCAGCUAAAUCCAUGAACCAGAUUGAGAACCUGUUUUCCCAUUCAGUGCGCUUUCCUCCGAUUGCUCCCCACCUUUCACCUAUUUUAUGUAUACCUACCCUUUCCUAAUUUUUUUUUUAUACUGUGAGUGGUGUCUUUGCUUUAACCUUUUUUGCAUACUGACAAACCAGUCAGCACACACUCCCCAUUCUGAGUCCAUAAAAAGCCCCAGACCCAGGCACAGAGAGAUAGAGAAACCAUCUGACUGCAGGGGUUGGGGACCACCCCUCCUGUCCCCUCUCCACUGAGAGCUUUUCUAUCACUCAAUAAAAUUCUUCUCUGCCCAUCCUCACUCUUCAAAUUGUCAGCAUAUCCUCAUUCUUCUUGGACAUGGGGAAAGAGCUCAAGAACCCCUGAAUGUGGGUACAAGCUAUAGCACAGGUGGGUCAGUGGGCAUGGUACCUCCAGAGGCAGGUCUGUGGCCAUGUGAGGCCUGGGCAGGAGGCAUUGCUGGCCAUGGAGGUCCCCGGUUGGCAAGUAGCAGAGAAGAAUCCUGUGUCAUUAUCAAAGUUGUGAGAGACAUGAUUAUGUCUUUCAUGUGAUGGGGUCAUGUGACUUUUGAUUUGGAUAUUGAAGGAUAAGGAGGUCCAUAUGUGCAUAUGGAGGUGGGAAGGCUUAUCACCCUAACUCACAGGUCCUUAGAUUAACAUUUGUCCAACUGUUAUUUAGGUUGAUGCAAAAGUAACUGCGAUUUUUGCCAUUACUUUUAAUGGUAAAGAAACACAAUUACUUUUGCACCAACCUAGUAAAACCAUUUAUGCUCUUUUGAUAAACCUAAAACUUUCUUUAGUCUUACAAAUUCAGAUAUAUCACUCUAGGAGAAGAGAUUUUGUCUAACUUUAUGAUCUGUAAUCUGUUUUGGGAAAACAGAUUGCUUUUCCAUUUACCACAUAAAAAAUUACAUUAAAUCUUCUUUUAAAAAUUGUACAUGUAAUUUUCUUGUAAAAAUACACAAUUUUCUUGUAAAAAUGGUGAGAAACUCUCACAAUUCUCUCCAGAUUCUGGGGUCCUAGAAUCUCUAUUUUUUACUCUCUGGCAACAAAAAAGGGAACAGGAAUUGUCAGCAGGCUCAACCUGAAGGAAUGGUUUUAUCCUGCUGCCACUGUGUGAGCUGCUAAGCCUUGUGAACCCUCCAGGGCCUGGGGCUAGAGAGACCCUCCCUCCCUGUCCAGCUCCCUGGGUCCCUCUGUCUCUUAUGAUUUUGGGAUGGGACAGGUAGGGCAAGCCCCAAGUCCCUGGGCCAGCCAGCAUCAGCCCACAUUUCUGACCCUAAAGCCCUCCUUCUCCCUCCAUAUUUGCGGUCUUGAAAUGCAAAUAAGGAACCACUUCACACUUCCUAGGAUGGCUACAAUUAAAAAACAGAAAAUAAGUGUCACUACGGAUGUGGAGAAACUGGAACUCUCAUGCGUUGCUAGUGGGGAUGUGAAAUGGUGCAGCCACUGUGGAAAACGGACUGGUGAUUUCUCAGAAAGAUAAACACAGAACUGUCAUCUAACCGAGUCAUUCCACUCCCAGGUAUGUAUCUGAAAGAAUGGAAUGAUAGCUGUACACCCAUGGUCAUAGCAGCUUUAUUCACAAUCGUCAGAAGGUGGAAGCAGACCCAGGUGUCCAUCAAGAGAAUGGCUAAACAAAAUAUGGAAUAUGCAUGUACUAAAAUAUUCAGCCAUAAAGUGGAACAGAAUUUUGAUACACAUUACAACAUGGAUGGACUUGAAAGCAUUAUGCUAAAUGAAAUAAGCCAGACACAAAAUAAAUAUUGUAGGAUUCCACCUGUGAGCUACCUAAAAUAGGCAAAUUCAGAGACCAAAAGCAGAAUAGAGGCUGGGUAUGCAGGCGGGAGUCACUGCUUAAUGGGUACAGAGUUCUUGCUGGGGAUGAUGAAAAAGUUGGGGUAUAGAUAGUGGUGUGGUCCACAGCCUUGUGAAUGUCAUUGAUGCCACUGGACUGUUCAUUUCCACAUGGUUAAAAUGAGAAAUGCUGUGUUAGCUAUGGUUUACUAUUAAAAAAAAAAUCCUGGUUAAAAGUU